AUGGCUUACAGUGCGGAGCAACUCGACCAAUACUUCAACCACAUCAACUACCCUCGCGAGAAGCAUGCAUCGGACCCGCUUCAGCGUCUCACGGAGAUCCAGGCACAUCAUCUUGCGAGAGUGCCGUUCGAAAGCUUGACGCUACACUACUCUAAACACAGGCUGAUCUCACUAGAUCUGCAGGACCUGUUCCGCAAGAUAGUCAUUGAGGGUCACGGCGGCUACUGCAUGGAGGUGAACGCCUUCCUCGGCGCGAUUUUGAAAUGUUUGGGCUACACUGUCCUCAGCGUAGGCGGGAGGAUCAAAGGAGAUGAACGUUUCGGUGGAUGGUCUCAUAUGGUCAAUCUCAUCCGCAUUGGCGAACAGCGUUACAUGGUCGAUGUCGGCUUCGGAAAAGGUGCAGCAAUGGUUCCCGUACCUCUGAAUAGCGGUCAUGAAUUCACUACCAUCGCGCCGUUGAGGGGCAAGCUUGUGUACGAGAAAUUGGACCAGCACACAGACUCAGACCAGCGCAUGUGGGUUUACUACUCCACAGACAGCGCCGAUGGCCCCUUCAGGCAACGUAACUGCUUCACCGAAAUGGAGUUCUUCCCGGAAGACUUUGAGGUCAUGAACUUGGCCACUAUGAGCAGGCCGACGAGUUACUUUGUCAAGACCGUUCUUGCCAUGAGAACGAUCUUAGACCCCGAAACACGCACAGCGGUGGGAACUCUCGUUCUGCAUAAGGAUGAAGUGAAGCAGAAGAUUGGCGACAAGCUCGAGCUCCUGGAAACACUCAAGAAUGAGGCCCAGCGCGUUGCAGCUUUAGAGAAGUACUUCUCGAUCAAGCUGAGGCCAGAGGAACAGAGAGCCAUCAAGAACAUGCCUACGGAGCUGCUAUAA